AUGUUUUUUGUGGACAAGUACCGUGUAGACGUUAUUUCCUUAGAAAGAUAUGACUUCAAUGAUUCAUCGGAUAUUAACAGUCUUUGUGACCAAAUGGUAAAUGUAAGUUUUGUGAUAUCUGUAUGUCGGUCAAACGAUUCGAUAAGCCUGGUCGCUGAACUUGCUAGAAUUUCGCAAGUGCCAACAAUUCAAGUGGAUCUCAAUUACUGGUCUUUGCCACUCAACUUCAAUGGAACGAGUGUACCAACAAUAUCUUCUCCCUCCUAUACUACUAUGGUUUUGUCAACACUGGUAUUUCAAAAUGUGAUUACAGAUAUUUUUGCCGACUUGAACAUCACACCAAACAGCACGGUGUUGUACGAUAAUAUGUAUCCACCCGAUUUUACUGCUUGGAGAGAUGCGUUUUCCGUUUUACCGGGUAUUCGGUUUGUUCCAAUGGAAACAACUGUUUUGCGCAUGAGAGCUCAAAUAACACAGCUCAGAAUGGCCUCUAUAAACUCGUUGAUUCUGGUGGCAAAAACUGAAAAUGUGGAGCGUUUUACAUUAGAAGCUGCUGAUUUCAUAGAGCAAAGAGUUUUCAACACAUAUGUUCUUACAAAGGAUAUCACAGCUUUCAAGUGUGACAGUUGCGAAUCCGCAUUUAUGUUUUGGCUUCGCCCGUUUCCAGUUGGAAAACUCAUGGAAAUUCGAGAUCUGGAUGACUAUUUGUUUAGAAAUGAAAUUGGAUUAGAGUUGGAUUACUCGAUUAAUGGUUGGGACUCGCUGAACGUUGCGUUUUAUAUGAAUGUCAUGGGUUAUGCAUUUGAAACGAUCCGAACAAUGAAUGCAACAUUCGAUGUGCUUCCAACAUUCACAUGCCAAACGGGACCAUCUGAACCAAACAUCACUACAACUGUGAGAGAUAUUAUCUUGAAUGAUCCUGCUCAUGAAUAUGGAAAUUACACGGAAGCAGGACUAAAUAUGUUUUUUCAAGACGUUGAAGUUAGAAUAUACAAAAUAGAUAGAGAUAGAGAUCAUGAAGACGCGCUUUUCAACAAAGAAGUCGGUGUGUGGAGUCCCAUUUCAAAGUUAUCAGUUAUGUAUGGAACUCUUCAAGUUGAUGUUCGAAACCUGAAUAUUUUCCGAGUAGUGACUCUAAUCCAACCACCGUUUGUUCAACGAACAGGAGACCCGGACACUCCGUAUGAAGGCUAUUGUAUUGAUCUUAUUAACAUGAUACAAGUGGAAGUCAACUUCACUUACACUAUCUAUGAAGUUGAAGAUGGAAGUUUUGGUACGAUGGAUGAUAAUGGAAACUGGAAUGGGCUCAUUGGAGCUCUGGUUUCUGGAUCCGCAGAUAUCGCACUUGCUCCACUCAGUGUUAUGGCUGAAAGAGAAAACGAUGUGGAUUUUACAGUUCCCUAUUAUGACCUCGUUGGAACGACAAUUCUCAUGAAAAAAGCUGAUGUGGAGUAUUCGUUGUUCAAAUUUAUGAAAGUGCUAGAGUGGCCCGUUUGGUUGUGCAUAGUUGCUGCAUAUUUGUUCACGAGCAUUUUGCUAUGGAUAUUCGAUCGGUUUAGUCCCUAUUCGUUUACCAACAACAAAGAAAGGUAUCAGAAUGACAUUGAAAAACGACAGUUUAGUCUGAAAGAGUGCUUGUGGUUCUGCAUGACGUCAUUAACACCUCAAGGAGGCGGAGAAGCACCAAAAAAUAUUUCCGGCCGUUUGGUUGCUGCAACAUGGUGGCUUUUUGGAUUUAUUAUAAUUGCAUCAUACACAGCAAAUCUGGCAGCGUUUCUAACAGUUUCACGCCUGGAACAACCAAUCAGUUCUUUGGAUGAUUUGGCAAAGCAAUACAAAAUUGAAUAUGCACCAAUUAAAGGAAGCGCAUCAGAGACGUAUUUCAGAAGAAUGGCUGAAAUUGAAGAAACAUUCUAUAAUAUGUGGAAAGAGAUGUCUUUGAACGAGAGCAUGUCUCCACGGGAUAGAGCAAAGCUCGCAGUAUGGGACUAUCCUGUUUCUGACAAGUUUACCAAUAUGUGGAGGUACAUGCAAGAGUCUAAGCUGCCAGUUAAUAUGGAUACUGCAGUAGAUCGCGUCUUGAACUCUGUUGAUGGAUUUGCUUUUAUUGGAGAUGCUACUGAAAUAAAGUAUGCAGCUUUAACAAACUGCAAUCUUCAACAAGUAGGAACCGAAUUUUCAAGAAAACCAUACGCCAUUGCAGUUCAGAGUGGACACAUAUUGAAAGAUAAAAUAUCAAGCGCAAUUUUGAUGCUACUCAAUGAACGUCGUCUGGAAACAUUAAAGGAGAAAUGGUGGACAGAUAACCCGAAUAAAGUCUCCUGCCCUGACUCAUCGGAUGAAAGUGAUGGCAUUUCGAUUCAAAACAUUGGAGGUGUAUUCAUCGUUAUUCUAGCCGGCAUUGCACUUUCCAUAGUCACUUUGGCAUUUGAAUACUAUUAUUAUAAAAGGAAAGCAAGAAAAGCCGCUGAAAAAGAGCAAGAAGAACUUGAAAUGAAACAAUCCCAACAAGUCGUUCCAAAUGGUUUUCAUACAAAUGGUGUUAAGCAAGAUGCUCCUAAACUUACAAAUGGCACAAAAACCAAUGGAAACACCUUUCGACGGACGAAACGAUCAAAUUCUGUUUCAGCUUAUGAGAACACAGCCUUCCAAUACUAG